CCAUCUCCGGGCCCCGGCCCCUGGGUGAUUCGCAGGGGGACAGGCCGAGCGGCAGCGGGAAGAGCCCCGAGGGGGGAGGACGCGAGGCCCUGAGCCGGGAAAAGUGACGAGCUGUCUUUCGUCGUCAGCCAGGGACGAGUACGCGGCCACUCUCCCGCCCGCCUGGCCACGAUCCCUCAUCCGCAGACAUGUCAGCCGCCGGCGUCCGGGGCCUCAGGGCCACCUACCACCGGGUCCUCGAUAAAGUGGAGCUCAUGCUGCCCGAGAAACUGAGGCCGCUGUACAACCACCCGGCAGGUCCCAGAACAGUUUUUUUCUGGGCUCCAAUUAUGAAAUGGGGAUUGGUGUGCGCAGGAUUGGCGGACAUGGCCAGGCCUGCCGAGAAACUCAGCACGGCUCAAUCUGCUGUUCUGAUGGCUACAGGGCUUAUUUGGUCCAGAUACUCACUUGUAAUUAUUCCAAAAAACUGGAGUCUGUUUGCUGUUAAUUUCUUCGUCGGCGCAGCAGGAGCCUCUCAGCUCUUUCGGAUCUGGAGGUAUAACCAAGAACUAAAGGCGAAAGCAAACAAAUAGAAGGGUUCCUGAAAAUCCUUACACCCUAGAUGUAGGCAUAGCCCCUGGGACCUGGUUGGAUUUGUUAUUUGGUUAUUGGUAAGGUGAUGUUCACUAUACUAAUUGGAACACAUUAAAAAAAUCUCACUUAGCUUGAUUCAGCAGAAAAAUAAAGCAAAUUUCUAAUAACAGUGUCUCUCUACAUAUGACUUAAGGAACUUAUCUAUGGAUAUUAGUAUUUUUUCCUACUAUUUGCCCAUAAUAAAUUAUACAUACUCA